AUGCAUAAAGAUAAGUCAAGUACCCAGCUUGAAAACGACCCCGUAAGGAAUGCAAAGAGCCCACCCCAGCCGGAGCAGUAUGGUGUCAGCAUGCAGCAGCGGACCGUCUCCUUCGGGCCCGAUGAGCGGCGUGGAAGGAGAGGAUCCAAGCACCGCCGAUCCAUCUCACGCUCACGUUCUCGCAGCCGUACUCAAUCCGUUUCGAGCAUUCCAAUCGAGUUUCGUCGGAUGAGUUUCCAAAUUGCCGAAUCCGAGACUCGUGAGAAAUUCGAGGUGGACCUGAAAGAUGGCAAAAGCAAGAGGGCGAGACGCCUGAUGAUUCGCGAUAUUUCGAUAGUCUUCAGUUUCAUCACCAGAACCACUGUCGAUGGACUUUCUUCCGCGGAAGCCGCUUCCCUUCUGGCUUGCAAUGGCAAACAUGAACUUCCACACGUUCGACCAAACUACCUUAAGAAAAUGCUGAAGUAUGUCUUCGGUGGAUUCUGCUCGAUUCUCUGGAUUGGCGUGAUUAUCUUCUUUAUCUGCUGGCGCCCUCUUGGCGAUCCCGACCCCGCACCAUACAACCUGGGCCUUGCUAUACUGGUCUUGAUUGUGAUCUUCUUGCAGGCCUCAUUCUCGGCAUUUCAGGAUUGGUCAACUACUCGCACCAUGAAGUCUAUUCUGGACUUGGUUCCGACUGAUGCAAUGGUGGUUCGAUCUGGCGAGACUACGAGGAUCUCCGCUGCCGACGUGGUUGUGGGAGAUAUUGUCAAGAUCAGCGUGGGAAACAAGGUACCAGCGGAUCUUCGCCUUCUCGCUACAUCUGGAGAUACCCGUUUUGACCGUUCUAUGUUAACUGGAGAGUCCGAAGACGUCGACGGUGCCAUCGAGAUGACAGACAAAAAUUUCUUAGAGACCCGCAAUGUUGCCUUGAUGGGGACUAUGGUUACCAAUGGAAGUGCCACGGGAAUUGUGGUCCUGACCGGACACAAGACGGUGAUGGGACAUAUCACAGUGUCGUCUACUUUGGUCAAAGAGCAGCCAACCCUUAUUCAACGCGAGAUCACUCGAUUCGUCAGAAUCAUUGUUAUUUUGACGGCUUUUCUGGCUCUCCUGAUCCUCCUCACCUGGGCUGGCUGGCUUCGGGUUAAACAUUUCCAGUAUAUGAUUGUGGUUGACAUGCUUGAUGACGUUAUGGGUUGCGUCGUGGCAUUUAUCCCCGAGGGCAUGCCUGUGGGAGUUGCCCUCACUCUCAUGCUCGUGGCGACACGCAUGAAGAACAACAAUAUCCUCCCAAAAGGUCUUUCCACGGUGGAAACUCUUGGAUGUGUAAAUGUAAUUUGCUCCGAUAAGACGGGUACUCUGACCCAAAACAGAAUGAGUGUCGUGACAGCUACAUUUGUAGACAAAGUCAUAUCGGCUGAGGAGGCUAUUUCAGCUGCCAAGGAAGGAAGCUUGAAGCCUCUUAUGGAUCUUCAGAAAGCUGCAGCUCUGUGCAAUGACGCUACUUUCGAUGCUGCGACUAUCAAUUAUCCCGUUUCGGAGAGAAAAGUCCUCGGCAACCCCACCGAUGGUGCUGUGCUCAAGUUUGUUGAAGAGGCACAGAAAGGCGCCGUCAAGAAGUUGAACGAAAAAUACCAGCGGGUCUUCACCAUUCCGUUCAAUUCCAAGAAUAAAUGGAUGCUCACCCUACACAAGACUGAGGCAUCUGAGCUAGCAAACAACAGUUAUCUUCUCCUAAUGAAGGGUGCGUCAGAUAUUUUGUUGCCGUAUUGCAAUUCUUAUUGGUCCUGCGUGACCAAUUCUGUCCGGACACUCGACAAUGAAGCCAAACAACAGCUGGCUGCAGCUCAAGAACAAAUGUCUCGUAAAGCUCAGCGGGUUAUUCUCCUCUGCCAGCGCUCCUACAUCCCCACUCAUCCUUUUGGAACAAAUGCUUUCGGUGAUGAGAUUCAGGGUUCAGGAAUCGCUGAUCUCACUCUGAUUGGCAUGUUUGGGAUCAUUGAUCCCCCUCGCCCGGAGGCGGCUACAACCGUGGCAUCUUGUCGUCGCGCCGGGGCGCGUUUCUUCAUGGUUACGGGAGAUCUUGGUCUUACUGGGGCCGCUAUUGCUCGUGAAAUUGGUAUUUUCAGUGGCACAGCGGAGCCUGAUACCUUUGAAACCAUCGUACAAAGGCGGAGCUUUGAUGAUUCUUCCGCUUCCCAGUCGUCAUCAGAGUCUGAUUCGAGAUGGUCACAGACCAGCCUGCUUCUUGAAGGCCCUUCCAUCUCACAGCUCACAAACAAGGAUUGGGAUUUAGUUUGUCAAUACGAAGAAAUUGUCUUUGGCCGCACUAUGCCAGACCAGAAGCUUCGCAUCGUUAACGAGUUCCGGGCACGCGAUAAUGUCGUUGCGGUGACUGGAGACGGUGUGAAUGAUGCGCCAGCAAUGCGCGCUGCUGACGUUGGUGUGGCUGUGGUCACUGGCAGUGAUGUGGCUCUUGAAGCUGCGGAUUUGAUUUUGAUGGAUAAAUUCGACUCAAUCAUUGAAGCAAUCCGCCUCGGCCGUCUGCUGUUCCAAAAUCUUCAGAAGGUUAUCAGCUAUCUUCUUCCUGCGGGUUCGUGGUCCGAGAUUUGGCCAGUGCUUCUCAAUGUUUUCUUUGGUGUCCCUCUCCCCCUGUCGUCCUUCCUGAUGAUCAUCAUCUGUGUUUUCACCGAUCUGCUCUGCUCGCUGUCCUUGAUCAUGGAACAGCAGGAGUUUGACUUGCUUGAUCUGCCACCCCGCAAUCACAAAAAAGACCAUUUGAUCAAUUUGAAGGUCUACAUUCAAAGCUAUCUUUUCAUUAGUGUCCUGGAAACUAUCUGCGCCCAUGCUUUGUUUUUCUAUUAUUAUUGGAAACAUGCUGGUAUUCCCGCCGGUGCGCUUUUCUUCGCCUUCGAGAAGUACGCGGAUGGAUUCUAUGGCUACACCGAGACUGAGUUGACCCAAUUCAACAUUGUUGGCCAGAGUGUUUACUUCAUUGCCCUUCUCAUAAUGCAGUGGGGAAACAUUCUCAGCGUCCGUAACAAGAGACUUUCCAUUCUACAGGCGGAUCCGUUUCGCAAGCAGCGCCGCAACCCGUGGCUUAUUGCAAGCAUGGUUGUCAGUCUAUCCAUUGCGAUAUUUGUUAGGGAGGAGCCCGGUCUUCAGCAGAUCUUUGGAACUGGCUCAGCGCCUCUCGAGUUUUGGUUCUUGCCUAUUACCCUUGCAUUGGGAAUUCUCCUAAUGGAUGAACUUCGUAAGCUGUCGGUGCGACUUUGGCCAAAGGGAAUUACUGCACGCAUUGCCUGGUAA